AUGUCAUCAUUGGUAAAGGAGGACUUGGAGAAGAAACUGUUCAAGCCACUCUCGCAGAAUCUGUACGAGUUUAUUGAAAUAGAGGUCUCGGUCCAGGACAGGUAUUAUCUCUGUGUGUCAGUGACCAAAAAUAAAGAAGUAAAAAUAAUUAUGGUGAAACACUACAGAAUAGGUUUAGAUGAAAAAUAUGAAGUAACAAAAAAGUGGUCUUUGAACGAUCUACAGAUGAUUGAUGGAAAAGAAGCAGAUACAGACAAUCCAUUUUUUGAUCUGCACUUCAAGAAAGUGUACAGUUUGGAAGCAUAUAGUUGUGCCUCUAAAUAUGCCUUUGCUCGAACUGUAAACAAGCUGAAUCAUGCAUAUCUUAAGAAAGACUUACAGAUUGUGAACUUUGAUUCUACUUACAUUAAUGAUGAUUCCAUUUGGUCCUCCAACAACAAGGAUUGCUUGGUCCUUAUGAGAAUAUGCUUUUAUGCUUUCAAUCUAGUGUGCUUGUCCCUGUGUCCCCUGCCGCUCUGAACAUGUACACCAUGUUCCUUCAUCAGUAUUCUGUGAAAAUAGUUCCCUAUAUAAAUAUUGAUAGUCAUGACUUUGUUUUUUCCCUUCAUCAGUGACUA